GCUAUUGUGUGACCGAAGAAAGCAGGGUUCUGCCGGGCUCACUUCGCCGCUCCUCCACCCGGCUGCUCUUUCUGGAUCUCACUGCAAUGGCGGAACAGCAGCAGUUCUACCUCUUGCUGGGCAACCUGAUGAGCCCUGACAACAACAUCAGGAAACAAUCGGAGGAGACCUAUGACACCAUCCCGGGUCAGAACAAGAUCACGUUCCUGCUGCAGGCCAUCAGAGAUGCAGCUGCUGCAGAGGAGGUCAAACAGAUGGCGGCGGUGCUGCUGCGGCGGUUGCUGUCGUCGUCCUUCGAGGAGAUCUACCCGGGCCUGACGGUGGAGAUGCAGACGGCCAUCAAGACAGAGCUGCUGACCAGCAUCCAGCAGGAGAGCUCGCUCAACAUCCGCAAGAAGGUGUGCGACAUCGCCGCCGAGCUCUGUCGCAACCUCAUCGAUGACGAUGGUAAUAACCAGUGGCCGGAGUUGUUGAAGUUCCUGUUUGACUCGGUAAACUCAGAAAAGGUCGGCCUGCGAGAAGCUGCCCUGCACAUAUUCUGGAACUUUCCAGGAAUCUUCGGUAACCAGCAGCAGCAUUACAUGGACGUCAUCAAGCGCAUGUUGGUUCAGUGCAUGCAGGACCAGGAGAACCCACAGAUCCGUACCCUGGCUGCUCGGGCCGCCGGCUCCUUUGUUCUGGCAAACGAAAGCAACACAGCUCUGCUGAAGCAUUUUGCAGACCUCCUCCCAGGAGUCCUGCAGGCGGUGAACGAGUCGUGUUACCAGGGCGACGACUCAGUGCUCAAGUCUUUGGUGGAAAUCGCCGACACAGCUCCCAAAUACCUGCGACCCAAUCUGGAGCCCACGCUGCAGCUCUGUCUCAAGCUGUGUGCAGACACAAACCUGACCAACAUGCAGAGGCAGCUCGCUCUGGAGGUCGUCGUCACUUUAUCUGAAACAGCAGCCGCCAUGUUGAGGAAACACACGGCCAUCGUGGCUCAGAGCGUGCCUCAGAUGCUGGCGAUGAUGGUCGACCUGGAGGAUGACGACGAGUGGGCGAUGGCUGACGAGCUCGAGGAUGACGACUUUGACAGUAACGCCGUGGCCGGGGAGAGUGCUCUGGACAGAAUCGCCUGUGGUUUGGGAGGAAAAAUCAUCCUGCCGAUGAUCAAACAGCACAUCAUGACCAUGCUGCAGAACCCUGACUGGAAGUACCGUCACGCCGGGCUGAUGGCGCUCUCUGCCAUCGGUGAGGGCUGCCACCAGCAGAUGGAGGCCAUUCUGCAGGAGAUCGUCAGCUUCGUCCUCCUCUUCUGCUCCGAUCCUCACCCGAGGGUCCGAUACGCUGCCUGCAACGCCAUCGGACAGAUGGCCACAGACUUCGCCCCCACCUUCCAGAAGAAGUUCCACGAUAAGGUGAUCUCCGCUCUGCUUCAGACCAUGGAGGACCAGAGUAACCCUCGGGUUCAGGCUCACGCUGCAGCCGCCCUCAUCAACUUCACAGAGGACUGUCCCAAAACUCUGCUCAUCCCGUAUCUGGACAGCCUGGUGCAGCACCUCCACGUCAUCAUGGUGGCCAAGCUGCAGGAGCUGAUCCAGAAAGGAACCAAACUGGUGCUGGAGCAGGUGGUGACGUCCAUCGCCUCGGUGGCCGACACGGCGGAGGAGAAAUUUGUGCCAUAUUACGACCUGUUCAUGCCGUCGCUCAAACACAUCGUGGAGAACGCCGUGCAGAAAGAGCUGCGGCUGCUCCGAGGGAAAACCAUCGAGUGCAUCAGUCUGAUCGGACUCGCUGUCGGCAAGGAGAAGUUCAUGCCAGACGCCUCGGCCGUCAUGCAGCUGCUCCUCAAAACUCAGACGGACUUCAACGACCUGGAGGACGACGAUCCUCAGAUCUCGUACAUGAUCUCGGCCUGGGCCAGGAUGUGUAAGAUCCUGGGGAAAGAGUUCCAGCAGUACCUUCCUGUGGUGAUGGGCCCGCUGAUGAAGACAGCGUCCAUCAAGCCUGAGGUGGCGCUGCUCGACACUCAGGACAUGGAGAACAUCUCGGAGGACGACGGCUGGGAGUUUGUGAACCUCGGAGACCAGCAGAGUUUUGGGAUAAAGACGGCCGGCCUGGAGGAGAAAGCCACCGCCUGCCAGAUGCUGGUGUGCUAUGCCAAAGAGCUGAAGGAAGGUUUUGUGGAGUACACGGAGCAGGUGGUGAAGCUCAUGGUUCCUCUGCUCAAGUUCUACUUCCACGAUGGUGUUCGGGUGGCGGCCGCUGAGUCCAUGCCUCUGCUGCUGGAGUGUGCGCGCGUCCGAGGGCCGGACUAUCUGACCCAGAUGUGGCACUUCAUGUGCGACGCUCUCAUCAAGGCCAUCGGCACCGAGCCAGACUCUGACGUCCUCUCUGAGAUCAUGCACUCCUUCGCUAAGUGCAUCGAGCUGAUGGGAGACGGCUGCCUGAACAACGAGCACUUUGAGGAGCUGGGCGGCAUCUUGAAGGGAAAACUGGAGGAGCAUUUUAAGAACCAGGAGCUCAGACAGACGAAGAGACAGGAUGAGGAUUACGACGAGCAGGUGGAGGAGACGCUACAAGACGAGGAUGAGAACGACGUCUACAUCCUGACCAAAGUGUCGGAUAUUCUGCACUCGGUGUUCAGCAGUUACAAAGAGAAAGUGCUGCCGUGGUUUGAACAGCUGCUGCAGCUCAUCGUCCAGCUCAUAUGUCCCAACAGGCCGUGGGCGGACAGGCAGUGGGGUCUGUGCAUCUUCGACGACGUGGUGGAGCACUGCAGCCCCUCCUCCUUCAAAUACGCAGAGUACUUCCUGCGGCCGAUGCUGCAGUCGCUGUGUGACACGAGCCCGGAGGUCCGACAGGCCGCCGCGUACGGAGUGGGAGUCAUGGCGCAGUACGGAGGAGAAAGCUACCGCCCAUUCUGCACAGAGGCGAUCCCCAUGCUGGUGCGAGUCAUCCAGGCAGCCGACUCGCGCGCCAAAGAGAACGUCAACGCCACAGAGAACUGCAUCUCUGCCGUCGGGAAGGUCAUACGCUUCAGACCCGAGUGUGUCAACGUCAACGAGAUCCUCCCACACUGGCUCAGCUGGCUGCCGCUCAACGAGGACAAGGAGGAGGCGGUGCACACGUUCGACUUCCUGUGUGACCUCAUCGAAAGCAACAACCCGAUCGUCCUCGGACCGGACAACUCCAACCUGCCCAAAAUCUUCCUCAUCAUCGCAGACGGAGUCGUAAAUGAAUCGGUGAAGAGCGAAGACGCGUGCAGCAAACGGCUCGCCAACGUCAUCCGUCAAGUACAGGUGUCGGGAGGAUUAUGGACACAGUGUGUAUCGACGCUGAACGAGACGCAGCAGAGAGCCAUACAGGACCUACUGAACACGGCCUGAGCCUGAACCCCGUCACCUCCCUGCUCUCUUUAUCAACAAAAAAAAAAGCCCAUGAAGAAGAAAAAGUCGAGCCCUUGGACCGCCCCCAUAACACUCCCUGUCCUCCCUCUCGCUCUGAUCAGAAAGUCGCCGGCUUCACCCCAUCACCACCCCCACCCGAUCGUUAAAAUAAAAAAUCCCUGUGCGCCGGGGGGAGCAGGUCGGAUAUAAAAGACGAUGGAGGACUGAACCAUCCACCUCAAAGACUUUCACCCUGAACCCGAGGCUGCGGGGACGAGAGAGGAGAGUGACCCCGUCCUUUCAUGUGUCUUUAUCUGGACGUUUUGUUUCCAACCAUUCCCUGAUGUUUGUCCUCCACGUCGCCCCGUUAACAAACUCAUUGGACAGUCGGGCUCGGGGGGGGGGAGGGGGAGUGGGGGGGAAACGGGGACAUUUAAUGGACUGAUUUGAACGACAUGGAAAUGCACACUGGGCGAUCACUGCCUGUCUCCUGUGAAUCUACUUUUUUUUUUGUAUUUUUAUUUCUUUUCUCGUUCAGUGUUACCUGGGUGGGGUGGGGUGGGGGGGCGGCCUCUAAAAGUAACGGCAUGUUAAGUGGCUAACUCUAGAAAAUAUAAAUAGUUAGGAAAUUUACAUCCUCGUUGUCUGGGAGAUCUGAUUUAAGCAGCUUUUUCCUCCAUAGCCUUCCAGAUGUGUUUCUGAAAAUGUUUGCUGAACGGUUCUCAGCCCUUAAGGUAGCAUUGUAAAAGGGGGAGGGGCUCUAAGAAAAGAGCAAUAAACCUGUGUAGUCACGGCAACACGGCAUGUGACACAAAGGAGGAAACAUGAAUUGUAGAGUUUCUGUAAAAUGCGUGCUACCAUACUCUUAACUUUAAGGUUUUGACCCCUUGCAGCCCCGCAGGUUUGUGAUGGAACUCCAGAAAAUACCAACAAUAAAAUUCCAUUUGAGAAAGUCGA